GGAUCCCCUUCCUUGCUGGAGCACAGCAGCGCAUAUAUCACCCGGUGGCAGCAGUCCACCUUCCCUGAAGUUUCGUAACCGUUUACGAGGGUAAAUUGAGAGUUGGGAACAGCCCUCUAUUAAGUAGCAGAUUGAGAAGAGGCUCUUCCCACUUGGAGAAGGCAAGUCUUCCCAGACAGACCCCUCGCACCGGGAGCUACAGUAAUCGAGACGCCUCCUCUGCGCUCACUGUUGCCACUGCUGCUGCUCCUCAUUCGCCGCUGCUGCUACUUGCUGCUCCCUCCACAAGGUGCCCCCGGAGCUUCAUCCUUUAUCCUCCUCCCUUUAUCCAGGUCCGACGGCUGCGGCUCCCGCCGCUGCGAGCACCACCGGAGCCAUCGCCGGAGGAGCUGUCCCGUCACCGACCCCGACACCCUGCGGCCACCCCGGAAGAUUCAUUCAUGUUGUUGUGAUCUGAAAGGGCAGAAAUGAAGACAGCGCUGUGCUCGGCAGUCGCUGCUCUGUGUGCAGCCGCCCUCCUCUCCUCCAUCGAGGCUGAAGUUAACCCACCAUCAGACUUGAAUUUUACAAUUAUAGAUGAACAUAAUGUUCAAAUGUCAUGGAAAAGACCACCAGAUGCAAUAGUGGGUUACAGAAUAACUGUGGUUCCAACAAAUGAUGGACCUACUAAAGAAUUUACUCUUUCACCUAGCACUACCCAAACUGUCAUAUCAGAUCUUAUAGCUGAUGUAGAGUAUAUUGUAUCAAUAGCUUCAUAUGACGACAGAGAGGAGAGUCUGCCUGUUUUUGGCCAGCUGACAAUUCAGACAGGCGGCCCAGGGAUACCAGAGGAAAAGAAGGUUGAGGCUCAAUUACAAAGAUGCUCCAUAAGUGCAAUGACAGAUUUAGUUUUCCUGGUAGAUGGUUCAUGGAGUGUAGGAAGAAAUAACUUCGGAUAUAUUCUGGACUUCAUGGUUGCCCUUGUAUCAGCUUUUGACAUUGGAGAAGAAAAGACAAGAGUCGGAGUUGUUCAGUAUAGUUCAGAUACAAGAACAGAGUUCAAUUUAAAUCAGUAUUUCAGAAGAAGUGAUCUUAUUGAUGCAAUUAAAAGGAUACCUUACAAAGGUGGCAACACAAUGACAGGUGAGGCUAUUGAUUACCUUGUUCAAAACACCUUCACUGAGUCUGCUGGAGCAAGAAAAGGGUUUCCCAAAGUAGCCAUUGUCAUUACUGAUGGAAAAGCUCAAGAUGAUGUAGAAAUUCCUUCAAGAGAGCUUCGCAACAUAGGAGUUGAAGUUUUUUCCUUGGGUAUCAAAGCUGCAGAUGCAAAGGAACUCAAGCUAAUUGCAUCUCAGCCGUCACUGAAGCAUGUGUUCAAUGUGGCUAAUUUUGAUGGAAUUGUGGAUAUACAGAAUGAAAUUAUCUUGCAAGUGUGCUCUGGUGUUGAUGAACAACUAGGUGAACUGGUUAGUGGAGAAGAAGUGGUGGAGCCUCCUUCAAAUCUGGUGGCAACUCAGAUCUCCUCAAAGUCUGUUAGAAUCACUUGGGAUCCAUCCCCAAGCCAAAUAACUGGCUAUCGUCUGCAGUUCAUUCCAAUGAUAGCUGGGGGAAAACAGCAUGUACUGAGUGUGGGUCCUCAGACAACUGCUCUGAAUGUUAAAGAUCUCUCUCCAGACACGGAGUAUCAAAUUAAUGUUUAUGCAAUGAAAGGACUGACCCCCAGUGAGCCAAUAACGAUAAUGGAAAAAACACAGCAAGUAAAAGUUCAAGUGGAAUGCUCACGUGGUGUGGAUGUAAAAGCUGAUGUUGUGUUUUUAGUGGAUGGUUCCUACAGCAUUGGUAUCGCCAAUUUUGUCAAAGUAAGAGCCUUUUUGGAAGUGUUGGUUAAAAGCUUUGAGAUAUCACCUCGAAAAGUACAGAUAAGUCUUGUCCAGUACAGCAGAGAUCCCCAUAUGGAGUUUUCUUUGAACAGAUACAACAGAGUGGAAGACAUAAUUCAGGCUAUUAACACCUUCCCCUACAGAGGUGGAUCUACCAACACAGGCAAAGCAAUGACAUACGUGAGGGAGAAAGUAUUUGUUACCAGCAAAGGAUCAAGACCAAACGUGCCGAGAGUAAUGAUUCUUAUCACUGAUGGAAAAUCAUCAGAUGCUUUUAAAGAACCUGCAAUUAAGCUGAGGGAUGCAGAUGUAGAAAUAUUUGCAGUUGGUGUGAAGGAUGCAGUGCGUACGGAGUUGGAAGCUAUCGCAUCGCCUCCUGCGGACACCCAUGUUUACACAGUGGAAGAUUUUGAUGCUUUUCAAAGAAUAUCAUUUGAACUUACACAGUCUGUCUGCCUACGAAUUGAGCAGGAACUGGCCGCUAUAAGGAGAAAAUCUUACGUACCUGCAAAGAACAUGGUCUUUUCUGACAUAACAUCAGAGAGUUUCAAAGUGAGCUGGUCUCCAGCUGGACCUGAGGUUUUGUCCUAUCUCAUUAAAUAUAAAGUAGCAGUCGGUGGAGAUGAAUUCAUUGUUUCUGUACCAGCUUCAAGUACUAGCUCAGUUCUCACCAACUUACUACCUGAAACUACUUAUGCAGUCAGUGUGAUUUCUGAAUAUGAAGAUGGUGAUGGCCCUCCCUUGGAUGGAGAGGAGACCACCUUAGAAGUUAAAGGUGCUCCUCGAAACUUAAGGAUUACAGAUGAAACUACUGAUAGCUUUGUAGUUGGCUGGGCUCCAGCUCCAGGAAAUGUCCUGCGGUACAGGCUUGUUUAUAAACCACUUACUGGAGGAGAAAGGAGACAAGUGACUGUCUCAGCAAAUGAUAGGUCAACUACUCUGCAGAAUUUGAUCCAAGAUACAAGAUAUGAAGUGUCUGUUGUUCCUGAGUAUCAGUCUGGGCCUGGGAAUUCAUUGAAUGGAUAUGCAAAAACUGAUGAAGUCCGAGGAAAUCCAAGGAAUUUGAGAGUUUCUGAUGCUACAACAUCAACAAUGAAGCUGUCUUGGGGUGCUGCUCCUGGCAAAGUGCAGCAGUACUUUAUAACAUACACUCCAGUCGCAGGAGGUGAAACUAAGGAAGUGACUGUGAAAGGUGACACUACCUCUAAGGUGCUGAAAGGCUUGGACCAAGCCACUAGGUAUGCACUGACUGUGUCUGCCUUGUAUGCCUCUGGAGCAGGAGAUGCCCUUUCUGGAGAGGGAGAAACACUUGAAGAACGUGGUUCACCACGUAAUUUAGUUACCACAGACAUAACUGACACUACAGUUGGGUUAUCAUGGACACCAGCUCCAGGAACAGUUAACCAUUACAGGAUAGUAUGGAAAUCACAUUAUGAUGAUACCAUGGGAGAGAAGAGAGUCCCAGGAAAUACAGUGGAUGCUGUGAUAGAAGGCUUGGAGCCAGAGACUAAAUACAGGAUUUCAGUAUAUGCAGCCUACAGCAGUGGAGAAGGAGACCCAGUAGAAGGAGAGGCUUUUACUGAUGUGUCACCAAAUGCCAGGACUCUGACAGUAGACAACGAGACAGAAAAUACAAUGAGAGUUACGUGGCAGCCUGCGCCUGGGAAAGUCUUGUCUUACCGUGUGAACUACAGAGCGCGCAGCGGAGGAAGGCAAAUGUCUGGGAGAGUAAAUGCUCCUGCUACCAGCAUUGUGCUAAAGCGACUCAAACCCCGCACUACGUACGACAUAACUGUGGUUCCAAUUUAUGAUUUUGGACAUGGGAAAUCAAGAAAAGGAGAAGGAACAACAGCCUCUCCCUUUAAGCCACCUCGAAAUCUGAGAACUUCAGAUUCAACUAUGUCAAGUUUCAGAGUAACCUGGGAGCCAGCCCCAGGGAGAGUGAAGGGGUACAAAGUAACUUUCCACCCUACUGAAGAUGAUGGGAGCCUUGGAGAAUUAAUAGUGGGGCCCUAUGACAGCACAGUGGUAUUGGAGGAGCUUAGGGCAGGAACUACCUAUAAGGUAAAUGUUUUUGGGAUGUUUGAAGGAGGAGAGAGCAACCCUCUGGUUGGACAAGAGAUGACCACCCUUUCAGACACUACUACGGAGCCAUUUUUAUCUAGAGGUUUAGAAUGUAGAACCAGAGCAGAAGCUGAUAUUGUGCUGCUGGUGGAUGGCUCAUGGAGUAUUGGGAGGCCAAAUUUUAAAACCAUCAGGAACUUCAUUGCCCGUAUUGUUGAAGUUUUUGAUAUUGGUCCUGACAAAGUGCAGAUUGGUCUUGCGCAGUAUAGUGGUGAUCCCAGGACAGAAUGGAAUCUCAAUGCUUACCGAACCAAACAGUCUUUGCUAGAGGCUGUAGCCAACUUACCAUACAAAGGAGGCAAUACUCUAACAGGAAUGGCCUUGGAUUUCAUCUUAAAAAACAACUUCAAACCAGUUGCUGGCUUAAGGCCCAGAGCUCGCAAAAUUGGUGUUCUCAUCACUGAUGGCAAAUCACAAGAUGAUGUAGUCGCCCCUUCAAGAAAACUCAGAGAUGAGGGAGUGGAACUGUAUGCAAUUGGUAUUAAAAAUGCAGAUGAAAAUGAAUUGAAGCAGAUUGCAACAGAUCCAGAUGACAUCCAUGCUUACAAUGUUGCGGACUUCUCCUUCCUGGCUACCAUUGUUGAUAAUGUAACCACAAAUCUGUGUAACAGCGUGAAAGGUCCAGGUGAUUUGCCACCUCCUUCAAAUUUAGUUAUUUCAGAAGUAACACCUCGUUCUUUCAGACUGAGAUGGAGCCCACCUCCUGAGAGUGUUGAUAGAUACAGAGUUGAAUAUUAUCCUACCUCUGGAGGUAGCCCUAAACAGUUUUAUGUAAGUAGGAUGGAAAGAACAACAGUUCUGAAAGAUCUGCAGCCUGAAACAGAAUAUGUGGUUAAUGUGUUUUCUGUGGUAGAAGAUGAAAGCAGUGAACCCCUGAUCGGCAGGGAAACAACUUUGCCAAUCUCUUCAGUUAGAAACUUGAAUGUUUAUGACAUUGGAUCAACUUACAUGCGAGUGAGAUGGGAACCUCUCAGUGGAGCUACUGGUUAUUUGUUAACAUAUGAACCUGUGAAUGCUACAGUCCCAGCCACAGAGAAAGAGAUGCGUGUGGGACCGUCAGUGAAUGAGGUGCAGCUGGUAGAUCUCAUCCCCAACACCGAGUACACUUUAACAGCUUACGUAUUGUUUGGUGAUAUGCAGAGUGACCCACUCACCACACAGGAAGUGACAUUACCUUUGCCUGGACCCAGAGGUUUAACAAUUCAGGAUGUUACUCACAGCACCAUGAAUGUUGUUUGGGAUCCUGCCCCAGGAAAAGUUCGAAAAUACAUCCUAAGAUACAAAAUAGCUGAUGAUGCUGAUGUAAAGGAGGUGGAACUUGACAGACUCAAAACCAGCAUUACUCUCUCUGACCUUUCCUCCCAAUCACUGUACAAUGUAAAAGUUGUUGCUGUAUAUGAUGAAGGGGAAUCCAUACCAACAAAUGCAGAAGCUGUCACUCAGCCUGUGCCAGCCCCAGUCAAUCUCAGAAUCACAGAUAUAACCACGAAUAGUUUCAGAGGUACUUGGGAUCAUGGAGCUCCAGAUGUCUCUCUGUAUAGAAUAACAUGGGGGCCCUAUGGAAGAGGAGAAAAACAGGAGACUAUCUUAAAUGGGGAAGAGAAUAGUUUGGUCUUUGAAAAUUUGAAUCCAGACACAUUAUAUGAUGUCUCAGUUACUGCCAUCUAUCCUGAUGAAUCAGAAAGUGAUGAGCUCAUUGGCAGUGAAAGAACAUUACCCUUGGUACCUAUCACUACACAAGCCCCAAAGAGUGGCCCACGAAACCUUCAGGUGUACAAUGCCACUUCACACAGUUUGACUGUCAAAUGGGAUCCUGCCAGUGGUCGAGUGCAGAGAUACAGGAUCAUUUACCAGCCUAUCAGUGGGGAUGGCCCUGAACAGUCGACUACUGUUGGGGGACGACAGAACAGUGUGGUGAUACAGAAGCUGCAGCCUGAUACACCCUAUGCUAUUACUGUGUCAUCAAUGUAUGCAGACGGUGAGGGGGGGAGAAUGUCAGGACGAGGCAGAACCAAACCUCUCACAACUGUGAAGAACUUGCUAGUUUAUGACCCAACCACCAGUACUCUGAAUGUUCGAUGGGAUCAUGCCGAAGGAAGUCCUCGCCAGUACAAAGUAUUUUAUGGACCUACAGCUGGAGGUGCAGAGGAAAUGACCACAGUACCAGGAAAUACAAACUAUGUCAUCCUGAGGACUCUUGAACCCAACACACCUUACACUGUAACUGUGGUUCCAGUUUUCCCAGAGGGGGAUGGUGGACGUACCUCUGACACUGGACGCACCUUGGAGCGAGGAACACCAAGAAACAUUCACGUUUACAAUCCUACACCAAACAGCAUGAAUGUCCGUUGGGAACCUGCUCCAGGUCCGGUACAGCAAUAUAGAAUUAAUUAUGCUCCACUCUCUGGCCCAAGGCCAUCAGAAUCUAUUGUGGUGCCAGGCAACACUCGUGAUGUGAUUCUGGAGCGCUUGACUCCUGACACUGCUUACUCAAUAAAUGUUAUAGCUCUGUAUGCAGAUGGAGAGGGAAAUCCAAGCCAAGCACAGGGAAGAACAUUGCCUCGCAGUGGUCCAAGGAAUGUGAGAGUAUUUGAUGAGACUACAAACAGCCUUUCUGUACAAUGGGACCAUGCUGAUGGGCCAGUCCAGCAGUACAGAAUCAUUUAUUCACCCACUGUGGGAGACCCUAUUGAUGAAUACACGACAGUUCCUGGCAUAAGGAAUAAUGUGAUACUACAACCACUACAAUCAGAUACGCCAUAUAAAAUUACUGUUGUUGCUGUGUAUGAAGAUGGAGAUGGUGGACAACUGACUGGAAAUGGCAGAACUGUUGGCUUGCUUCCUCCUCAAAAUAUGUAUAUAACUGAUGAAUGGUAUACACGCUUCAGAGUUUCCUGGGAUCCUUCACCAUCCCCUGUUCUUGGCUAUAAAAUUGUAUACAAGCCUGUGGGUUCAAAUGAGCCCAGGGAGUUUUUUGUGGGAGAAGUGACUUCCUACACAUUGCAUAACCUGUCUCCCAGUACUACUUAUGAUGUGAAUGUUUAUGCCCACUAUGAUUCUGGAAUGAGCAUACCUUUGACAGAUCAAGGCACUACAUUAUAUUUAAAUGUCACUGACCUAACAAGUUACAAAGUGGGUUGGGAUACUCUCUGUAUCCGGUGGUCACCUCAUCGGUCAGCAACAUCUUACAGACUGAAGCUAAACCCAACUGAUGGUUCCAGAGGACAGGAAAUCACAAUUCGUGGGUCAGAAACAAGCCACUGUUUUACUGGCCUCUCACCAGACACAGAAUACAAUGCUACUGUCUUUGUUCAGACCCCUAACCUUGAGGGACCUCCAGUCUCUAUGAGGGAGCAUACAGUCCUCAAACCUACAGAGGCACCAACUCCACCACCUACACCUCCUCCACCUCCCACAAUCCCUCCAGCUCGGGAUGUAUGCAGAGGUGCCAAAGCAGACAUUGUAUUCUUGACUGAUGCUUCCUGGAGUAUUGGUGAUGAUAAUUUCAACAAAGUAGUGAAAUUUGUUUUUAGUACAGUAGGAGCCUUUGAUUUAAUCAAUCCUGCUGGAAUCCAGGUUUCAUUUGUGCAGUACAGUGAUGAGGCAAAAUCUGAAUUUAAACUGAAUACAUUUGAUGACAAAGCCCAGGCCCUGGGAGCUCUUCAAAACAUUCAGUACAGAGGAGGAAACACAAGGACAGGCAAAGCCCUAACAUUUAUCAAAGAAAAGGUUUUGACUUGGGAGAGUGGCAUGAGGCGAGGCGUUCCCAAGGUACUUGUUGUUGUCACUGAUGGUCGGUCUCAGGAUGAGGUGAGGAAAGCAGCGACAGUCAUACAGCACUCUGGCUUCAGUGUCUUUGUGGUUGGUGUGGCUGAUGUGGAUUACAAUGAACUGGCCAAGAUUGCCAGCAAGCCCAGUGAGCGUCACGUAUUUAUUGUUGAUGACUUUGAUGCCUUUGAGAAGAUUCAAGAUAACCUUGUCACCUUUGUGUGUGAGACAGCUACCUCAACUUGUCCCCUUAUUUACUUGGAGGGAUACACUUCACCUGGUUUCAAGAUGCUGGAAUCGUACAAUCUAACAGAGAAGCAUUUUGCUUCUGUACAAGGAGUUUCUCUGGAAUCAGGCUCUUUCCCAAGCUAUGUAGCAUAUAAACUCCACAAAAAUGCCUUUGUUAGCCAGCCAAUACGGGAGAUUCACCCGGAGGGGCUGCCACAGGCAUACACGAUCAUUCUCUUGUUCCGCCUUCUGCCUGAAUCCCCCAAUGAGCCUUUUGCAAUUUGGCAGAUUACAGACAGAGAUUACAAACCACAAGUUGGAGUUGUGCUUGAUCCUGCCAGCAAAGUCCUGUCAUUCUUUAACAAGGAUGUAAGAGGAGAGGUUCAAACUGUAACUUUUGAUAAUGAUGUCGUAAAGAAAAUCUUUUAUGGAAGCUUCCAUAAGGUCCAUAUUGUUGUUACUUCAUCAAAUGUUAAGAUUUACAUUGACUGCAGUGAAAUAAUGGAAAAACCAAUUAAGGAAGCUGGCAAUAUCACAACUGAUGGCUAUGAAGUACUUGGGAAACUUCUAAAAGGCGACCGAAGAUCAGCAACAUUAGAAAUCCAGAAUUUUGACAUUGUAUGCAGUCCAGUUUGGACUAGCAGAGACAGAUGCUGUGAUCUCCCUUCUAUGAGAGAUGAAGCAAAGUGCCCAGCUCUUCCAAAUGCUUGUACCUGUACUCAAGACAGCGUGGGACCUCCAGGACCUCCUGGACCAGCUGGUGGCCCAGGCGCUAAAGGUCCCAGAGGUGAAAGGGGUUUGACUGGAUCAUCUGGGCCUCCUGGUCCUCGUGGUGAGACAGGUCCUCCGGGCCCUCAAGGUCCCCCAGGUCCACAGGGUCCCAAUGGGCUGUCAAUCCCAGGUGAACCGGGUCGUCAAGGAAUGAAAGGGGAUGCUGGCCAGCCUGGACUCCCAGGGCGAUCGGGAACGCCAGGUUUACCUGGUCCACCUGGACCAGUGGGACCUCCAGGAGAAAGGGGUUUCACAGGAAAAGAUGGCCCCACAGGUCCCAGAGGCCCACCAGGACCAGCGGGUGCUCCCGGAGUUCCAGGAGUUGCUGGCCCAAGUGGAAAGCCAGGGAAACCAGGAGAUCGUGGGACACCAGGUGCACCUGGAAUGAAGGGAGAAAAAGGUGACAGAGGUGAUAUUGCUUCUCAGAACAUGAUGCGAGCAGUUGCAAGACAAGUUUGUGAACAGCUGAUAAAUGGUCAAAUGAGCCGGUUCAAUCAAAUGCUGAAUCAAAUCCCGAAUGAUUAUUAUUCAAACCGAAACCAGCCAGGGCCACCAGGUCCACCUGGUCCCCCAGGAGCUGCUGGGACAAGAGGAGAACCUGGACCUGGAGGAAGACCAGGAUUCCCAGGACCUCCUGGGGUUCAAGGACCACCUGGUGAAAGAGGAAUCCCUGGAGAGAAAGGUGAAAGAGGGACUGGAUCCCAAGGACCACGAGGUUUGCCAGGACCACCUGGUCCACAAGGAGAAUCUAGAACCGGUCCACCAGGCUCCACAGGAUCACGAGGACCACCAGGGCCACCAGGCCGUCCUGGAAAUGCAGGCAUUCGGGGUCCCCCAGGGCCACCAGGAUAUUGUGAUUCAUCCCAGUGUGCUAGCAUCCCUUACAAUGGCCAAGGAUUCCCAGGUUUCGGCUAACACAUUUUCUAAGUCGCCAGUGCUGCUUACAGUUUGAAUACAUGAAAAUCCUGUUUCUGAGAUGUUUGCGCACGUGCUUGUUAGAAAAUGAGUCCGUAUGGAUAUUUCACCACGGAUAUGGUUCUUGAACCAUGUUGACCUCAUAGAACGGGGAGAUACUUUUACUAACACAACUCAUGAAUGAGAUAAAGGACAGUUACGUCAAUUCAUUAAGCCCAUUGCAUUUCAAUAAUAAAAUAGACAGUCUUUCUUUUUUAAAAAAGACCUAGACCAUCAAAAACCUCAGUGGCAAAGGAGGCUUGUAAAACUACUAACCAGUGAAGGUAAUGCCAUUAGAAGAGAGACAGAUUUAACCUGGAAAAUGAGAAAUAACUUAUGUAAAUAGUAAACUAAUUGUGGCUUGUAGAUGAUUUGUAUGGGACUGUAUCCACUAAAAUCUGUUAACAACUCUAUGUGAUACUUUUGCAUAAAAGCCUGCUGCUGCUUGCUGUAUGCCAGAAUAACAUCUUUGACAACUUAUGAAACCUACCUGUCUGUUGCUUGUUACCAACAUGUCUGAAUUGGGGCAUAUACCUUUUUUUUUAUGUGUAAUCUUGUUGGAUCUGUAACUGCAGUUAUAAAUACCAAAGUUUUAUAAUAAUUUUUCUUCUGUUUUGCUGUAGUUUUUGGUGUUCCUGAAGCACCAGCUGUAACUCGGUUUGUUACGAGGAACAGCACGACAAAAUGACAUGUACUGUAUAUUGCCGCUGGUGAUAGUUAUGUCUACACUUUCCCAUUCUCACAGAAAAUUAGCAUACACCAAACCCAUCUCUUCAUCUUACCUGCUCCAUGUCUUCUAUUAAUUAUGCAGUUUAAAAUAAAGCCCAAUGCUUAGAUUUACUGAAGUAGCUGUAAAAUAGUAAUUUUAUUUGAUUUUCUGGGUUUUGUUUGGUUUUUUUAAAUAGUUUUAUCAUGAUUUGUCCCUUGCCUAAUUUAUGACUCUUUCUGCACUGUUUUGUGUAUUAUAAAUACAAAGCCUUUCAAGAUGAAUUUAAAACCUUUUAUUAUUUUACUGCCAAAAAAGCAUUCAUGAGCAAAACUGAGAAAUACCCCCAGUGAACUAAAUAUUUAUAUAUUUAUUAUAUGAAAAUAAGGUUGAACUAACAUUAUUGUAGCCAGACUAACUUUCAUUGCAUAUGUGGAUUCAAAGACAUGCGAUAACUAUUAUGUUCAAUCGGACAACUAUUUUCAACCAGAACCAUACGUGCCUGAAAGUGGACCCUAUCAGCCUGAAGGUGAACCCUUUAUAGUACCUAUGGAGUCAGAAAGGAGAGAGGACGAGUAUGAGGACUAUGGAGUUGAAAUGCAUUCACCAGAAUACCCUGAGCACAUGCGCUGGAAAAGAUCACUGUCAAGAAAUGCAAAAACAAAACCGUAAAAGAUCUGUGUGUCUUGAUUUGGUUUUUUUUUUGGUUGGUGGGUUUUUUUGUUUGCUCUUUUGCUGUGCUUGCAUUUGCAGAUACACACAGGGAGAGUGCAUCAUUCCUUUUGCAAUAUGGCUUUCUGGCCUUCUCAUAUCAGACGGAUCCCUGUUUUGUAUCUCGCUUAUGUGGGGAUAGCAAUGUGUGUACCCAAACACUUCAUGUUGCUCUGGAAAUGCUUGUAAAAUACUGUUGCUUAUAGUGGUUGCAUACAGAUUAAGGUGUGCAUUCAGUUAUCCCAGUGCUGCCUUUUCAUUAAAAUAAUGUAAAAACAAAUACAUUAAAAAAAAGAAAACCAAAAAACCAAAACAAAAAUAACCACAGAGCUGUUGCAAAUUUUCUAAGGACUGUCUGCUUUAGCUCUACAUUUUUCUUUUUUUUCAAAUGCAUGUUUUCAGUUCAGUCAGAUCACAGGUCUGCAAUGUCUAGUUAAAAAGAACCGAAAAUUUUCCUCUCCUUCCAGUAUCAUUGUAAUUUUCUUCUAUUCUGAAUUACAAUCUGUGGAGCAUAUACUGCUCUUAUGCAUCUCCUCUAAACACCACAAACAUUAAGUAGCUGAAAUCAUUGUAUCAACUGGAUACAGUUUAAUAAUGCCUGAAAUCUCCUUGUUUGUAGACACAGUUACAUUUAUGCCAAAUUGCAGUCAAUCCUGCAGAGAUGGAAUUGCAUGUUUAUGUUGUAUAUUUAGUAUGGAUUUUUUUUUCAGAAUACAGUGUUUCUUAGUUACCAAAAGCAGUUGGAAAUUGUUUGCAAGACUAUGGAUAUAGAAUUGCUGCUUUUAUAUUUUAACUGCAAAUUGUGAAUUUCACUGCCUUAUAUUAUUUAUUUCUGAAAUGAAAGAGGCAUUUUUCAAUAAAACUACUGAAAAU